AUGGCCCGGCUGACAAAGAUGUCGACAGCGCUGACGGGGGGUUAUUUCAAAUUCCCUAAUAAUGUAAUCGUGGAUUACAUAGACGAAUGGACUUUAAUGAAAUCCCCUAUGCCUAUGCUAAUCAUAUGGGCUUCAUACAUAAUAUUUGUGUUUAAAGCUGGCCCAGAAUACAUGAAAAACAGACCAGCAUUCCGUUUACAUACACUUUUAGCAUUGUAUAACCUUUUCCAAAUAUCAAGCGCUAUAUAUCUUUACUUGUCAGCUAAGUUGAUAGAACUCUUGGACACCAUAUUCUUCGUUCUGAGGAAGAAGCAGAAUCAGGUGACAUUCCUCCACGUAUACCACCACAGCGUCAUGCUGUUCAGCACUUGGCUCACUCUGAAGUUCGAGCCGUCAUUCAGCCCUAUAUUUCUGGGCACGCUGAACUCUUUCGUCCACGCGAUCAUGUAUACAUAUUAUGGACUUUCAGCAUUCCCGUCACUGACUAAGUGUUUGUGGUGGAAGAAGUAUAUUACUACUGUUCAAUUGUGGCAAUUCGUAAUGGUCUUCUUGCAUACUUUAUCAAACUACGCCAUCGGAACCUGCCCCCCUUCAUACAUUCUCCUCACUACAAUCACGUUCAAUUCCUGGUUUUUCCUUUACCUUUUCGGUAGAUUCUACAUCAAUUCAUAUCUGAAAAAUGAAGGAAAGUCUUGUAAAACUGAAAAUGGAAAAAAGAACAAUGGUUUUACAAAAGGGAAUGAUGAAAAUGAACGCAGUGACGGAGUUGCUGUUAAGAAAAUGGUGACAUUUCUUUCGUCUGGUAUAGCAAGCGCGUAUCAGUAUGAAAAGAGUGAGCAAUUUGUGAAGUAA